AAGGAAAUUUAACAACCUUCGCCAACUUCAGUUGUGUUCUGAUCGCGAAAGUAGCAAGAAGAUAGUGGAUAUUUCAGUGAGCAUUGUUAAGAUGCAUUAUAACAUGAUUAUUGGUGCCAGCGCUGUGUUGCUGCUAUUAGGCAUGCCUUGUGCUAACGGACUCCCAUUGUGGGAUUAUUUAACCGGAAUAAACACUAGCGAUGAUAGUUCAGCAACGGCAGGGCUGAUCGAACCCCGGGAGGAUAAUGCAAAAUCUUUGGUACGGUACGACACUAUGGUUCCCGUUCUACAGGUCAUACUGACACCUAUCGGCCGGAUGGUGUGGCCCCGCGUUGAGCAAUGGUUCUCUGGACUGUUCGGAGCGUAUCUGGAUAGUGCAAAUAGAGCCAUUGACACACUCUCGCAAUACGCAACGGAAAAUAUAUCCUUCCAGACAGGCGAUGUGUAUUACACGAAGAACGACAUGAUUGAUGGACACGGACACCAGUCUUUGAUUGUUACGCUACCAUCAGGAAGAACCAUAACUGUGCUGACUUUCAAAUCCAAAAGUAAAUUCAAUAUAUUGGAUGAGUUUCCACAGCUAUCCGAGGCACAAAACGAGGUUAGAGAGUUGAACUGAAGCAUAUGGCAAAAGAUGCGCAUAGAUAGUAACAAUCAGUAAAAGCUAUUUAUUUCUAUAGUACUCUCAUAAUAUUUAUUCAAUAAUUUAAAAAUAA